AUGUCCAGAGCUUCUCCUGUUCUUGCGGGUCAUAGAGGAUUCAAGUAUGCGUGGCCUGAAAACACAAUCCGAUCGUAUGAUGCUGCAGUAGAUGCAGGAUGUGAUGUGGUGGAGACGGAUUUGCACAUCUCCAAGGAUAAUAUAAUUGUUAUUUGCCACGACUCUGACACUACCAGGGUGUUUGGUAAGAGGUAUGAUGUCACUCAAGAGAAAUACACUGAGACCUUGUCUGUACUUAGAACUAUCAGGGAGCCCCAUCUUCCAAUGCCAACAUUGACAGAAGUUUUUCAGUGGUGUAAGGAAAAAUGUGCGAAAACACAUCGGAAUAUUAAGCUUAUGCUUGAUAUUAAGAGGGAUUGUGAUCCGGAUUUGUUGCUGAAACUUUUGCUGGCCGAUUUGACAGAGGUCGGUCCAAAUAUAGAGUAUUGGUAUGAUAAGUUGAUUUUUGGUAUGUGGGAUUCAAGAUACUAUUGUAAGGAAAUGGAUCCUUUCCAAAUCAUAAAUAUCACCUUCGAUGUGAAUGUAUCCAAGCAGGUUGUCCAGGAAAUUAUUGCCAAAGGUGGCCAUGUCUUUGCAGUUUCCAUUCUAAGUCUAAUUCUUUACAACGGAUCGUUGUCUAGGCAAUUUUAUGAUUUUUGUAAUGAGAAUCAUUUAAAGAUUUGGUUCUGGACCAUCAAUCUUAAAAAGGAAGCCGAUGACGCUGUCAAAUUCUGCACUCUCCCUUCUGGUAAAUCGAUGUUAGCAGGUCUUGUUACUGAUGAUCCUCUUAGUGUUGCUGCUGAGAAGGAGGAAUCCCUCGGCUUGAAGUACCACAUUCUGUUGUUCUUGAAAAAGAAUUUAUAUCUUCUUUUCCUAUUUCUGCUGCACAGAAAGUUCAAUAUGCUCCCUAUAUUUAAAUUACUCAAAUCAAUUGGGUUUAUAUAA